AUCCUCCCGGCAGCGGCUGCUCCAGUCCAGGGACAGGAUGUUCUCCAAGCUCACCUCCAUCCUGCAGCAUGCCGUGGAGGCGCUUGCGCCAUCCCUUCCGUUACAAGAAGAUUUUGUUUACCACUGGAAAGCAAUUACUCAUUAUUACAUAGAGACCUCCGAUGACAAAGCUCCUGUGACUGAUACCAACAUUCCUUCUCACCUGGAGCAGAUGUUGGAUAUUCUAGUUCAAGAAGAAAAUGAGAGGGAAUCGGGAGAGACAGGGCCUUGUAUGGAAUAUUUGCUUCAUCACAAGAUCUUGGAGACAUUGUACACACUAGGGAAAGCUGAUUGUCCUCCAGGAAUGAAACAGCAAGUUUUGACUUUCUAUACCAAACUUCUAGGAAGAAUACGACAACCUCUUCUCCCACAUAUAAAUGUAUAUAAACCAGUGCAGAAAUUAAUCAGACUUUGUGGUGAAGUUCUAACAGCACCAACAGAAAAUGAAGAAAUUCAGUUUCUCUGCAUAGUAUGUGCAAAGCUGAAACAGGAUCCAUACCUGGUCAACUUCUUUCUUGAGAACAAGUUAAAAGUAUUGGCUUCCAAAGGAUCAGCAAGUGUAAUCACAGAAGACAUGCUAAAAGGCCAAGAUUCAUUGAUGACAGACACAGGACAGUCCAUUCAACCUGAAGAAAUAUCUAAUGCUGCUGGAGCAGAGCACAUAGAGAAGGAAGAUGAUCUAUCCAUGAGUCUAGAUGAACUAAAUGUCACUUCAUCACCUGAGGCCUCAGCUGUUCGUCUAAACCAAGACUAUAAUUUAGUGAAUUCUUUGCUAAAUCUCACAAAAAGCCCAGAUGGUCGAGUAGCAGUAAAGGCAUGUGAAGGCCUCAUGCUCUUAGUAAGUUUGCCAGAGCCAGCAGCAGCCAAGUGCUUGACUCAGAGCACUUGCUUAUGUGAAUUGCUGACGGACAGGCUCACCACACUCUACAAAGCCCUGCCUCCAUCCGUGGAUCCAUUAGAUAUUGAAUCGGUUGAAGCAAUUAACUGGGGUUUGGAUUCAUAUAGCCACAAAGAAGAUGCAUCUGCUUUUCCAGGGAAAAGAGCCUUGAUUUCAUUUCUCUCCUGGUUUGACUACUGUGAUCAACUCAUUAAAGAAGCACAAAAGACUACUGCUGUUGCUAUGGCAAGAUCUGUACGGGAACGAUUUUUUGUUGGUGUCAUGGAACCCCAGCUGAUGCAAACUUCAGAGAUUGGGAUCCUUACAUCAACUGCACUGUUGCAUCGUAUUGUCCGUCAAGUCACUUCAGAUGUGUUGCUGCAAGAAAUGGUUGGCUUUAUACUUGGAGGACACAGAGAGCCAGAAACCAUGACAGACAUCAACAGACAUCCACUGCGACACAGGUUAAUCGAGCACUGUGAUCAUAUUUCUGAUGAGAUCAGCAUAAUGACUUUAAGAAUGUUUGAGCAUCUUUUACAAAAACCUAAUGAGCACAUUCUUUACAACUUGGUUCUAAGAAAUUUAGAAGAAAGAAACUACACAGAAUAUAAACCACCCUGUCAGGAAGAUAAAGAUGUGGUAGAGAAUGGACAGAUAGCAGGAGCAGUAGACCUGGAAGAAGAUCCAUUGUUUGCUGAUCUUUCUCCGGAUAACACGUUGUCGAAUCAAGAGUGGCUAAGUGCUUCUCCUCCCAUCAGCCCAGAACAUAUAAAAAACGAUGGGAAGACUGAAGUUCAUAAAAUUGUAAAUAGCUUUCUCUGUCUAGUACCUGAAGAAGCCAAAUCAUCAUACCAUGUAGAGGGCACAGGUUAUGAUACCUAUCUCAGAGAUGCCCACAGACAAUUCCGGGAUUAUUGUGCAAUCUGCUUACGAUGGGAAUGGCCGGGGUCACCCAAAUCUUUGGAAAAGUGCAAUUUAGAAGCAUCGUUUUUUGAAGGACAUUUCUUGAAAAUUCUGUUUGACAGAAUGGGCAGGAUUCUUGAUCAGCCAUACGAUGUAAAUUUACAAGUUACAUCAGUGUUGUCCAAACUCUCCCUGUUUCCCCAUCCACACAUCCACGAAUACCUUUUGGAUCCCUAUGUAAAUCUGGCUUCAGGCUGUCGAUCUCUCUUUUCCGUUAUUGUCAGGGUUGUUGGAGAUCUUAUGGUGAGAAUACAGCGCAUACCGGAUUUCACUCCCAAACUUCUGCUGGUCAGAAAGCGUCUGCUUGGAUUGGAGCCUGAAGGGCCCAUUAUUGACCACAUGACGUUGCUGGAGGGCGUGAUUGUACUGGAAGAGUUCUGUAAAGAGCUAGCAGCGAUUGCUUUUGUGAAAUACCAUGCCUCAUCUACACCCUAAGCAGCCACUUGAAGUGACUGGGCUACAAAAUCGAGUGUGUUUCAGUUAAAAAAGACUAUUGACUCGACCAGACAAGAAGAGAGAGAGUCUCUUAACAAAGGGUUGAUAUAAUUUGACAGUUGUUAUGGAUGGCAGUGGAGGGUGAGUUCUUGGCCACUGUUCAUGAUUUCUUGGCACUCGCUGCACUCUGAUGGAAAUGUAAUCAAAUGGACAUUGAACCCAGGAUGCAAUCAAAGGGACUUCAGGGCAGACAAAACAUAACAUUUCCGGUCACUGUUUGAAGAGCUGAAAAAAAUGUCUGAAGAGCCCCAAACUUCAGAACUUUGAUUACCAGGCCAUUGUUUUAACAACAUUUUAGGUGGUAAGGAUUUUUUAUAUGCUCUGGGGCUCAUAUACUUAAAUUGUCUUUUGUGAUCACUAUUGCUUUUUAGAAUAUCAAACUAUUUCUCUAAUGUUUUCAUGUCAUAAGUUUUUUCUCUUCAGUUGAAAAUAUGAAAGGAAAAGAGUAAAGCAGCAUGUGUAGAUACAAGUGAUACCAUCUAAAACAUUGGAGAGAGGAUGAAAAGUUCUGCUAAUGCAUAUGUAGUAUGAUAUGAUCCAUGUGGGAUGAAUUCUACUUUUGUGAAUCUUCUUAUAUUGUAAUGAAUUCUGGGCUGGUGAAUUCUGAUUCAUCACUGGGUUAUUCCAGUUUUAGAUUGAUGUAAUUCCUUAUAUUAAUGAAAUUAUACAUGGUGAAUCAGGGCCUGUAUGUAGACAACGAUCAUAUCCUAAGUAUGCAUGUUUCUAGUGCUGUGCUCUUUGUCUUUCCAAAUGAUUUCUCCUGAGUUCAGCUGUGUAACUAGACUUGCCUUAGAUUUUUGUAUGUGAGCUCCAGUUUGUUUGAUCCAUGUCAGUUUUACAAGGAUGCUAUUAUACAGGUCAUUAAUAGUAGUUGCUAAAACCAGUAUUUUUUAAAAUGCUAUUUAACAUUGGUUUAAGAAUAUUUUGUGCCUUGAAAAUUGGCAGUGUAAAUGUUCUGUUAUUUUUAAAAUGUUUUAUUGCUUGUCUGAACGUAACCAUAGUGUCCAGACGAAAGAGUGACUGAUACUGUUUUGGGCAGCAGUAAAAGGGAUGAUACAAUAUUUAGGACCAAAAUUCUCCACUGGUUUUCACAAUACUGGGAUGCAAAGAUGUUUCCCCAGUGUAUUCUUUGCAACAUGAAUUCUACCGGCCGGAGCAGGAAUUUCCAUUGCAGGCCAAGGAUACGCUAGCAUCCUUUGCUACUGUUCCUCCUGAAUGACUGCAGCUAGCAGUUGCUGCUGACAUCGGCAUUGAAGCGCUAGCAGGCUGGAAGGGCAGGAUGUGCUCCUUAACCUUCAUAUCACUCUUGGUGAUCUCUGGAGAGAGACCUGCCUGCCUGGUUACACAGGAGAAUACCUUCCUGUUGACACAUAGCACAGACAGACCAAGCAGGAUUGAGCCCUUAAUGUUCAUAUUCCAUUUCUUUGUCUUUUUUAAUAUCCGGUUGGACAGUGAGUGUCAGUUUCUGAUCUCAUUUCAGUGUAAAUCUGGACUAAUUUAAUCAGUCAGUAGCAUUCCUCCUGAUUUCCAUGAGCGUAACUGGGAUCAGAAUCUGGCUCUCCAUGAUUUUGAUGUCUGUUUGUUUUUUACAUUUAUGGAAUCUGGAUUUUGAAAAACUCCUGAAGUUACCAGGUGGCUUGUCCAACAAAAUUGAACAUUCUCACAGUUAAUGGGCUAAAUUCCCCACUUAUUCACAGCAUAAACUCCAGUUGAGGGUCCUGCUGGUGAACAUGACAGGGUUACAGGCAGAUAGAAAUGUGGAGUACCACUCCAAAAGAGAAAAAGCAUUGCCCAAAAGUGGCUGUGACCAAGGAGUAAGAUGAUUCAGUAGCUCCCUACAGGUCCUCCCAUCAACGGAACUCUGGCACUUCAGCUAGAAUGAAAGAUGUUCUCAAGAGCGGGUAGCGGCAGGAACCUGGGACUUAACAGCCAUAUGCACCAGCUUUGCUGAAUGUGGCCCAAUGUUUUCACACCAAAAUAGCUUAGUAAAAUAGAAUUUAAGAAGGGGUACUUUCUCUUCAUUCCCAUUCUUUACAUGGGUAUUUGGAAAGUAGCAAGUGAUCCCCCCCCCCCCCCCCCCC